AUGCCGUCGGGUUUCCAACAGAUCGGCUCCGAAGACGGGGAACCCCCCCAGCAGCGAGUCACUGGGACCCUGGUCCUCGCCGUCUUCUCUGCGGUGCUCGGCUCCCUCCAGUUUGGCUAUAACAUUGGGGUCAUCAACGCCCCGCAGAAGGUGAUUGAACAGAGCUACAAUGAGACGUGGCUGGGGAGGCAGGGGCCCGGGGGGCCCGGCUCCAUCCCUCCCGGCACCCUCACCACCCUCUGGGCUCUGUCCGUGGCCAUCUUUUCUGUGGGCGGCAUGAUCUCCUCUUUCCUCAUUGGCAUCGUCUCUCAGUGGCUGGGAAGGAAGAGGGCCAUGCUGGUCAACAACGUCCUGGCCGUGCUGGGGGGCGCCCUCAUGGGCCUGGCCAACGCUGCCGCCUCCUACGAGAUGCUCAUCCUUGGACGGUUUCUCAUUGGCGCCUACUCAGGGCUCACAUCGGGGCUGGUGCCCAUGUACGUGGGGGAGAUCGCCCCCACUCACCUGCGGGGUGCCUUGGGGACGCUCAACCAACUGGCCAUCGUCAUCGGCAUCUUGAUCGCCCAGGUGCUGGGCUUGGAGUCCAUGCUGGGCACCGCCACCCUGUGGCCGCUGCUGCUGGGCCUCACGGUGCUGCCCGCGCUCCUGCAGCUCGCUCUGCUGCCCCUGUGCCCAGAAAGCCCCCGCUACCUCUACAUCAGCCGGAACCUGGAGGGGCCCGCCAGGAAGAGUCUGAAGCGCCUGACGGGCUGGGCCGACGUGUCCGGAGCGCUGGCCGAGCUGAAGGAGGAGAAGCGGAAGCUGGAGCGAGAGCGGCCGCUGUCCCUGCUCGAGCUCCUGGGCAGCCGCACCCACCGGCAGCCCCUGGCCAUCGCCGUCGUGCUGCAGCUGAGUCAGCAGCUCUCGGGCAUCAACGCUGUUUUCUACUAUUCGACCAGCAUCUUCGAGACAGCGGGGGUCGGGCAGCCAGCCUACGCCACCAUAGGGGCUGGCGCGGUCAACACGGUGUUCACCUUGGUCUCGGUGUUCCUGGUAGAGCGCGCGGGGCGUCGGACUCUCCACCUCCUGGGCCUGGCGGGCAUGUGUGGCUGUGCCAUCCUGAUGACUAUAGCUUUGCUGCUGCUGGAGCGGGUCCCGGCCAUGAGCUACGUCUCCAUCGUGGCCAUCUUUGGCUUCGUGGCAUUCUUUGAGAUCGGCCCCGGGCCCAUCCCCUGGUUCAUCGUGGCCGAGCUGUUCAGCCAGGGCCCCCGCCCCGCGGCCGUGGCCGUGGCCAGUUUCUCCAACUGGACGUGCAACUUCAUCAUCGGCAUGGGUUUCCAGUACAUCGCGGAGGCUAUGGGUCCCUACGUCUUCCUUCUGUUCGCGGUUCUUCUGCUCUGCUUCUUCAUCUUCACCUUCUUACGAGUGCCCGAGACCCGGGGCCGGACGUUUGACCAGAUCUCCGCCGACUUCCGCCGGACGCCCUCUCUCUUAGAGCAAGAGGUGAAGCCCAGCACGGAACUGGACUACUUAGGGCCGGACGAUGAGAACGACUGA